AUUGCACUGAAUACGAACUAAAUACAAACUUUUGUAAAAAUGUCAUCAAAGGUUACUCCUUUAAGCAUAAUAUUGGUAUCAUCCGGUUCAAAGGGAUACCGCUUGCUGUUUAGAUAUCCAUUUCAGGCCGAGGAACAGCAGAAAUUGGUUAAACGAGAUCAGUCAGAUAAUCCAUUUGCACUUCAGACUCCUGAGGAUGAUGCUUAUACCAGCUCAACUAGUCAGUCAUCUACAAGGCAGUCUUGUAUCAUAUCUGGUGAGCUUGACAAUGUACUAGCAAACAUCUUAACACCCAGUAACACAGACCUGUGUGAUCAGAGGUUUGAAGUCACUGUGGAUGAUGUAAAGUUUGUUGGUCAUCCACUACUUGUACAGGAUGUCAAUGCAAAAUGGAGAGCAAAUUCAUCUACAAGGGAAGGAUCAACAAUCAACAUGUUCAAUGUGGUCUUUGUCUUACAAGCAAGUGCAGACUGGUCUCUGGUCCAUUGUUAUCAGGAUCUCAGUAAGCGGUUAGCAUUAGCAUUGAAGCAUGAAGAGAAGAGAUGUGGUUACCUGUCUCAUCAAGCGGUCAUUAUGGUGAGAGCGGAAGAUGAGGUAGCUGGUCAACCUGAAGACUGCAAGGAAUCGCCAUUUCAUCUGAUGUUACAUAGGAGCAAACUCACACAAGAUCUCAGAGAUGUAUAUGAAGGUUUGCAUACAAAUGGAAUAGCCAGAGUGUACAUCAAUAACUGGAUUGAAGUGAGCUUCUGUCUGCCACACAAAGUACACAAUGUAUCAGAGGUUAUUACUAUCAAGCACAAUGGGAUUGAGAAGAGUCUUGGAGCCAUCAGACCGUACCAUGCCAUGCUCUUACUGGAGGAUCCAAACACAUUGAGGGCAUCCUUGCCGAGGGAUUGUUCUCCAGCUCUUCAUAGAAUCAUUCAUAUAGCCACGCCCCUGAAGCGACUUCAACAGCUCUCACAGGACGCUGAUCUAGCACUCUCACAGGUGUUCCAGCUUGUUGGUCAUCUAGUAUACUGGGGUAAAGCUACUGUUAUCUAUCCUAUUUGUGGAAGUAAUGUCUACAUCUUAUCCCCAAAUGCACCGACAUCUCCUGGAACACCUCUAGAUUUUGAGUUCCGAAUGAAGUUUGGUGAAUCCCUGAUCAAGGUCCUUUCAGAUUUCUCUCUUCCGUUACCGCUCAGCGAUCACAGGAACAGAUUAGCAGAGAGAGAGAGACCUGAAGGGGAGCUAAUAAGAAUCGUCAUGUGGCUGCUCCAGAAGAGGUUAUUGAUUCAGCUUCACACGUAUGUAUUCAUCAUAACCAAUCCAACCUUAGCCAAGAAGUCUUCAAGCGAUGAUCUAGAGAGGGAGGUGUCUACUCCACCGUCGGAAUCUUCACCGGUCACUAGAGGGCGUGCCACACCUCAAGGGUCAGGCAGUGGUCAGGGUAGCGGACUCGGGGAAAACCUCUCAUUUGACUCUGAUGAAUACAGCGUGAGUACAGGGUUUACUAGCUUUGAUUCCUACUCCAUGGAGGAAGGGCGUGGCCAUCCUAGACGUAAGGUACUAGACAUGUUGACUGAGCAUCUAACCAAGGAAGAGAAGUCCAGUGUGCUGGCCAUACCUCAUGCAAACAACCCAGAAGAUAUCAAGCUAUUUGCGAGGAUCUGUCCAUACUUGAGAGGGAUGCACCACCUUGAGGAGAUCAUGUACUACGAGAACGUCAACCGCUCCCAGCUCUAUGCUUUACUGGAGAAGUUUAGAGAUGUCCUGGUAACGUGUUCACACCAAGACGCAGCCAGCGUCCAGUACAAGGAAUUCUUAUGAUCAGAACAGCUCUAUGCCUUACUGGAGAAGUUUAGAGAUGUCCUGGUAACGUGUUCACAUCAAGACGCAGCCAGCGUUCAGUACAAGGAAUUCUUAUGAUCAGAACAGCUCUUUGCCUUACUGGAGAAGUUUAGAGAUGUCCUGGUAACUUGUUCACACCAAGACGCAGCCAGCGUUCGGUACAAGGAAUUCUUAUGAUCAGAACAGCUCUAUGCCUUACUAGAGAAGUUAAGAGAUGUCUUGGUAAUGUGUUCACACCAAGAUGCAGCCAGUGUCUAGUACAAGGAAUUCUUAUGAUCAGAACAGCUCUAUGCCUUACUGGAGAAGUUUAGAGAUAUCUUGGUAACGUGUUUUCACCAAGACGCAGCCAGCAUAAAGUACAAAUAAUUCCUUGCUGUCUUUUGCCCGAUAGUGAAGGGUGACGUACAGUGCAUACCAAUAAUCUCUCUUUGAAGAUUGAUCUGAAGGCAGCAGAAAGUGAGGAACUUUAUGAAGAAAAAAUGGGCUUGAGAAAGUCCACAGUAGUGGGUGAAAGCUUGCCUGGUAAAUUUAAGGUUGGUAGAAACCAAACACGUUAUGAUUACCUAACCACUCAAAGUUCUCUGCAACUUGAAAAUGAAUUUAAUGUUCAUUUUAAUGUGUAAUACUACAUGUUUGUACAUUUAUACAUCUACAAAUUUAAGUAAUUAUGACCUUUACAAAAGAUUCUUCCAAAGAUUAUUUUGAAAUUACUAUACACCUGUAUCUCUUGUAAACAAGGAAUAAAUAAUCCUCAAUUUUCAGAAUUAUGUUUGAAGAUUUGUAAUAUCUACAUAUUUAAAAUAUGACACAGGUUGCACUUUUUGUAUAUAUUGUAUAUAAAAUUGUAUUGAUUUAUUGUAUAUAUCACAUUAAAGAGGCUUUACAAAUGA